CGCCGCUCUCUCCAAUCGCAGCCCCACCUUCGCCGACCCGCCGCUCCGACCAUGGCGACCGCCGUGCUGCCGGCGCCCGCGCCGCUGACCUCGUCGGUCGGGCUGCUCGCGAUGCUCGAGGAGAGCGAGACGCAGAUCAAGGUGCACGCGCUGCAAAAGCUCGAGCGCGUGGUGCCCGACUUUUGGGCCGAGAUCUCCGAGUCCCUUCCCGACAUCGAGGCGCUCUACGAGGACGAGGCCUUCCCGCAGCGGCGCCUCGCCGCACUCGUCGCCUCCAAGGUGUACUACUACCUCGGCGAGUACGCGGACGCGCUCGUCUUUGCGCUCGGCGCCGAGACGCUCUUCAAUGUUGACGAGGGCUCCGAGUACGUCGACACGCUGCUCGCAAAGGCGAUUGACGAGUACUGCAAGCAGCACCAGCAGCGGUACGAGGCGGCCACGGGGUCGCAGGAGGAGGGCGGGUCGAGCACGGCGGCAGAGGCGCCGAUCGACCGCCGGCUCAUCGACCUCGUCGAUCGGAUGGUCGAGUCUUCGCUCGAGCGGCGCGCGUACCAGAUGGUGAUGGGGCUGGCGCUCGAGGCGCGCCGCACCGACCUCAUCGAGCGGAUCAUCCUGCUGUGCGACGCGAAGCCGGGCGAGCUCGAGCACGACGCCUCGACGAUCAAGAUGCUCGAGUACUGCUUCGGCCUCUUCUCCUCCGCCGUCGUGCCACGCUCCUUCCGCGCCACCCUCAUCGCCCUGCUCGUCACCAUCUACCGCGGCCUGCCCGCGCCAGAGUACCUCGGCCUCGCGCGCUGCUUGGCGCAGGCGGGCGACGCGGCGGGCGUCGCCGCGAUCCUGUCGCAGCUCAUCGAGAGCGAGAGCGCCGAGGCGCGCCUCGCCGCCUUCCAGAUCUCCUUCGACCUCGUCGACAACUGCACACAGGCCUUUCUCAAGCUCGCGCACGCCAACCUCCAGCUCAUCCUCUCGGGCGAGGCGUCGAUCGGGCUGAGCCUCGAGUUCCUCGUCCGCUCAAACAAGACCGACACCCUGAUCCUGACCGGGAUGAAGAAGGCGGCCGACCAGCGCAACUCGCUCUGCCACUCGGCGAUCGUCCUCGCGCACUCGCUCAUGAACGCGGGCACCACCGCCGACUCGUUCCUCCGCGACAACCUCGAGUGGCUCUCGCGCGCCACCAACUGGGCAAAGUUCUCCGCGACCGCCACGCUCGGCGUCAUCCACCGCGGCCACGUCAAGCAGGCGCUCUCGCUGCUGGCGCCGUACCUGCCGCAGGCGGGCAUGUCCGCCUCGCCGUACUCGGAGGGCGGCGCCCUCUUCGCACUCGGCAUCAUCCACGCGAACCACGGCCACUCCAUCCGCGCCUACCUGCUCGACGCGCUGCGCAGCGCCGGCACCAACGAGGUCGUGCAGCAUGGCUGCGCGCUGGGGAUCGGCAUCUCGAUGAUGGGCUCCGAGGACGAGGACCUCUACGAGGAGCUCAAGGGCGUCCUCUUCAACGACUCGGCCGUCGCGGGCGAGGCGGCCGCCCUCGCGAUGGGACUGCUCAUGCUCGGCUCGGCGUCGCCAAAGGCGCGGCCUCGAGGGGCCGCCCGCGCAGCGCGACCGCGCGACCGCCUCGCGUCACACGGGGUCCAUGCGCCUCAGGCGAUUGAGGAGAUGCUCGGGUACGCGCACGACACGGCGCACGAGAAGAUCAUCCGCGGGCUCGCGAUCGGCAUCGCCCUCUGCAUGUACGGGCGCGAGGAGGAGGCGGACCCGCUCGUGACGACGCUGCUGCACGAGCAGGAGCGAGAGCCGCUCGCACACACGCCGCCUCUCGACCCGAUCCUGCGCUACGGCGCCAUGUACACGAUCGCGUUUGCGUUUGCCGCGACCGGCUCCAACGCGGCGCUGCGAAAGUGCCUGCACGUGGCCGUGUCGGACGUGUCGGACGACGUGCGCCGCGCCGCCGUCAUCGCCAUCGGCUUCGUGCUCGCCAACACGCCCGCGCAGUGCCCGCGCGUCGUCAAGCUGCUCGCCGAGUCGUACAACCCGCACGUGCGGUACGGCUCCGCCUUCGCGGUCGGCAUCUCGUGCGCGGGGUCCGGCUCCAAGGAGGCGCUCGAGCUGCUCACGCCCAUGCUCUCCGACCCCGUCGACUACGUGCGGCAGGGCGCGCUCCUCGCCUCGUCGAUGGUGCUCAUGCAGAGCGCAGACCACAAGGCGGACUCGAAGCUCUCGAAGCACCGCGAGGACCUGCGCAAGGUGGUCGGCGACAAGCACGAGGACACGAUGACCAAGUUUGGCGCCAUCGUCGCCACGGGCCUCCUCGACGCGGGCGGCCGCAACGUGACCAUCGGCCUCACCUCGCGCACGGGCAACAAGAUCAUGCCCGCCAUCGUCGGCAUGGGCAUCUUCUCGCACUUUUGGUUUUGGCACCCGCUCCUCCUCUUCGUCUCGCUCGCCUUCACGCCAACCGCCGCCAUCGGCCUCAACGCCGACCUGCGCAUGCCGCAGUGGCGCUUCAAGUCGGGCGCGCCGCCCUCCGCCUUCGCCUACCCGCCGCCAACCUCUAACGAGAAGAAGGAGGUCGCGUCGACGGUCGCGACCGCCUCGCUCUCGACGACGGCAAAGGCCGCCAAGAUCGACAAGGCGAAGAAGGCGGAGGCCGAGGCGGCGGAGAAGGCCAAGGCGGCGGAGCGCGCCGAGGAGGAGCGGGCGCUGGUGGGCGAGGUGCGGGAGGCGCACGCGCGGGGAGACAUCUCGACCGCGGCGGUGGCGGCGGUGCUCAAGCUGCAGCCCGACAAGGCGGACGAGGCCGAGUUCGACUUUGAGGUGCUCGAGAACCCGUCGCGCGUGCUUCGCUCGCAGGAGCGCUUCUGCUCGCUGCUGCCGGCGUCGAGGUACGAGCCCGUCGCCAAGGGUCGCACGUCCGGGGUCAUCAUGCUCAAGGACACGGCGCCCGACGCGGAGGAGGAGCUGCUGCCGCUGCCGGCGGCGCUCGCCGCGGCGAGCGAGGGGGCGGAGGAGGAGGAGCCGGCGCCGCCAGAGCCGUUUGAGCUCCCCGCCUGAUGAGGGAGCCGCCCGGAGAGUACCAUGGACGUGUCGGGGAUCUCUCCUCGCGCGGGACCGCCAUCCGGCCGUUUUGGUGCGGGACGGGGACGUGGGCGCACCUCCCCGCUCGCAAUAUGCUUGCGCGCGGGCCCUGUGCCGGCAAGCGGGGGGCAACUGAGCUAGUGCAUACGGCGCCCCCGCCGCCUGGGAGAUGUUAUGUGACGCGAGCACCUAGACACUAAAAUCAUCUGACAAGUCUCAAGAGUCAAGUGAGCAGGCGAAAAAUAAGAUAUAUUUAAUUC